AUAUAUCGAUAUUGUUUACAUAUUGAACACGCAUCUAGUGUCUGUGUGUGUGUUUUAUGUUCACACCUGCCAUCUGUUUGUGUUUAUUCCCCAAAGAGCAGCUUUUUAAAUAUUUAAAAAAAUAAUCAAAGUUUGAAUAUUGAUUGUUGGGAAGAAAAACCAUCUUGAGGUUUGAUGUAAAAAUGGGUUCUUGUUUUAGUUUUACAUUGAAAGUUGAAAGUUCUCGACUUGAUGGUAAGGUUACAUCUGCCUCGGUACCACCUAGUCCUAAGAGUCAGGCUGAGAUUUUGCAGUCAGCAAAUUUGAAGCCUUUUAGUUUUAAUGUGCUUAAAGCAGCUACGAGAAAUUUUCGUCCUGAUAGUGUGUUAGGAGAAGGUGGAUUUGGUUCAGUUUACAAAGGGUGGAUUGAUGAACAAUCACUUGCAGCUGCCAAGCCAGGUACUGGCACUGUCAUUGCUGUUAAGAGGUUAAACCAUGAAGGUAUUCAAGGUCACCAAGAAUGGUUGGCAGAGAUUAAUUAUUUAGGGCAGCUAUAUCAUCAAAAUCUUGUUAAAUUAAUUGGGUAUUGCCUUGAGGAUGACCACAGACUCCUUGUGUAUGAAUUCAUGCCAAGAGGCAGCUUGGAAAACCAUCUUUUCAGGAGAAGUUCUUACUUUCAACCUCUCUCUUGGAACCUUCGCAUAAAAGUUGCUCUUGGAGCUGCAAAGGGCCUUGCCUACUUACAUAGUCCUGAAGCAAAAGUGAUAUAUCGUGAUUUCAAGUCCUCCAAUAUAUUGAUUGAUUCUAACUAUAACGCAAAACUUUCUGAUUUUGGGUUGGCGAAAGAUGGGCCGACUGAUGGUAAAAGCCAUGUCUCUACAAGGGUUAUGGGUACCCAUGGGUAUGCUGCUCCUGAAUACAUGGCCACAGGUCAUUUGACUGCACAGAGUGACAUAUACAGUUUCGGGGUGGUUGUUCUUGAGAUUUUAACGGGUAGACGAUGCAUUGACAAAACUCGUCCAUCUGGCGAGCAAAUACUAGUCGUGUUUGCUAAGCCUUUCUUGGCUAGCAAACGAAAGAUCCUUCAAAUCAUGGACCCACGCAUUGAAGGUCAAUACUCCUCUGCUGCUGCAACCCGAGCAGCUUUACUUGCAAUGAAGUGUCUCAUGAAAGAACCCAAGCACAGGCCCAGUGCAGAUGAGUUGGUCAAAGCGUUAGAGCAGAUCCAGGAGUUGCAGAAAGCCGCGGAAAGUACUAGAAAUGAAACUACUCGGAAGGUUGAUGAAAAUAAAGCCGUUCCUUAUCCGAGGCCAGUGGCUUCCCCUAAUGGCGGUGGUUAAAAUGUUAAUGAGUCGUGUGUACUACUUAACUCCAGGCCGAGAUAAAAAAAAACAAAAAACAAAUGGUAUAAAUGUGGGGGGAUUUUUGUUGUACAGUUUUGAGUUUUGACUUGUAUAUGCAUUCAAAAUUGGGCCAUUUGUGUUUAGUCGAUUGAUGAGAUCAA